AUGUCUAAUACUCUACCUGAAAUGCAAUACCGGUUCCUCGGUAGAACUGGCCUGAAAGUCUCAGUAAUCUCGCUGGGUAGCUGGCUCACAUAUGGCGGACACGUGGGGAAUGAAACCGCCCUUGAAUGUAUGAAAGUUGCCUACGAUGCCGGCGUCAACUUCUUCGAUACCGCUGAGAAAUACUCCGACGGACAAUCGGAGAUCGUACUCGGAGAGGCAAUCAAGAAAUUCGGCUGGAAGCAAAACGACCUCGUCAUUUCCACCAAGAUCUACUGGGGCAGUGCCAACGGUGCCAACCCAGACAGACCACUCAACAAUAACGGUCUCUCUCGCAAGCACAUUAUCGAGGGCAUGAACUUCUCUCUGGAACGACUAGCGCUGCCUUAUGUAGACAUUGUGUACGCACACCGCCCAGACCGCGACACACCCAUGGAAGAGAUCGUUCGUGCCUUCAACUACCUCAUUGACAACGGCAAAGCCUUCUACUGGGGAACCUCGGAAUGGUCCGCGAGUGAGAUUUCCGACGCCUGGCGCAUCGCCGAUAAACUCGGUCUUGUCGGUCCUGUUGUCGAGCAGCCGCAGUAUAACCUCCUCGUGCGCGAGCGUGUGGAGAAAGAAUACCGCUGGUUAUAUGAGGCGCACGGACUCGGUCUGACUGUGUGGUCGCCGUUGAAGGGCGGUGUCUUGACGGGCAAGUAUAAUCAUGCUGCUGCUCCUCCGCCUGGGUCGCGGCUGGCAGAGUCGGAGGAUGUAUAUGUGAAGGGUCUGCGGAAGACUGUUGGUGAUGAUACCUGGCAGCGUCAGCUGGAUCAGGUUGCGGCGCUGGAGCCUGUUGCUAAGGAACUUGGGGUUUCGACGGCGCAGUUGGCGCUUGCGUGGAUUUUGAAAAAUCCGAAUAUCUCGUCUAUGAUUACGGGUGCGUCGAGGCCGCAGCAGGUUCUUGAUAAUAUUCGGGCUUUGGAAGUGGUAGAGAAGUUGACGGAUGAGAUUGUUGAGAAGAUUGAGGUCGCUGUUGGGAAUAAGCCUGCUGUUGAGUCUAGGCGGUUUUAG